AUGGGUAUCUGUUACACCUUCAGUGGGACAAUAACAAAUUACUUAACACCCAAUAGUGAACUCCAAAACAUAAAUUCCAACUCUCCAACACCAUCGUGUAACUUUCUCAACUCAUUAUGUUACGCAAGAACAGAAUACCUACCUCGGAGUGUUUUGUAUUACGUGCAUUACCCAAAGGAAGUGCCAAAUAUAGUAGACAAAUAUUAUUCGGUGCAAGAGAAUAUGGAACGAGAUACUACCUUUACGUUUUGGGAGAUGACAUCUGCUCCCGAAUUGAGACGACUAAGCCCGUCGCAACGUCGAUGUCGUUUCAUGGACGAACCAAUGGACAACACAAUACCCGUUUACAGUUACAACGUGUGUAGGAUGAUAUGCAGAAGAAAUCUGGCUCUGAAGAUGUGCAAGUGCACUCCGCACUUUUACCCGUACCCAGGUGCAUCAUAA